CUUGGCAUUCUUCCCCAUUCUUCCCAUUCUCACCAUUUUUAGUAUCUUUUCUUCUUGUUAUUAUUAUUCCUUCGUCGGAAUUCCAUGUACAACACUCCAUCAUUUCACCGUUACAAAGCAAUAUAAACAAUACAAGUAUAUCAUAUAAAGGUCUAUGAUCUCAUACAUCUAUAUAAGUUGUGCUAGCUAUAUAGAUUACCAUGGCAAGUAUCUUCCUUGUUACUGCAAGCCACGAUGGUGAUAUAAAUAAACCGACAUUACGAUACCCAGCCAGCCAGCCAGCCUGCUGCCUGCUUCAUUAGUUCGCCAACCUUCGUCCCUCGUUGCUCCCAUCUAGUAAACCUUAUAAUUGCGUGUAGAAACUUACCGCGUGAGGUCUACCGUCCACUAUGGCCUUUGACUAUGCUCUUGUACAUGUCAAGUAUACUAUACCACCAGCUAUUCUCCUCACAUUCGUUCUAAAGCCACUCCUUACAAAACUUGACCUAUAUAAGUCAUUUACGUUGAUACUCGUCGCUUUCUUCUCGACACUGCCUUGGGAUUCGUAUCUAAUACGUCAUGGCGUCUGGACAUAUCCCCCUGACGCUAUUGCCGGUCCCCGUCUCCUCGGUGUGCCCGCCGAAGAGUUAUUUUUCUUCGUAAUCCAGACUUACAUCACGUCGAUGCUUUAUAUCUUGCUCAACAAACCCAUCCUUCACGCUCAGUUCCUUACGAACCAACAUAACCUCUCGCCAACGCUGAGAUGGAUAAGAACUAUAGGGCAGGCUUUCUUGAUUGGAUGUUUCGCCGCCAGCGUGUCUCUCGUAAGAAAAGGGGGCGAAGGGACAUAUCUUGGCCUUAUUCUCAUUUGGGCUUGUCCGUUUGCUCUUCUUACAUGGUCAUUCUCGGGUUACUUCCUGAUCAGGCUUCCCCUGUUCUGUGUUGCAACCCCGAUAAUCGUUCCGACGGUGUAUCUAUGGGUUGUGGACGAGUUCGCCCUUGGUCGUGGAACAUGGGCCAUCGAGCCGGGGACCAAGCUUGGCUGGUGCGUAUGGGGUAGUCUCGAGAUCGAGGAGGCCUUGUUCUUCCUUGCGACCAAUACAUUGAUUGUCUUUGGUAUGGUUGCAAUAGACAGGGGGCUAACAGUUCUUUACACCUUUCCCAAUUCGUUUCCAGUCGUACCAAAACUCCCUUCACCAAGUCUCCUCGUAAAAGCUGCUUUCCUCGACCCAAAGCGAUAUGAUAUGGCACGAGUGAAGGGUAUCAGAGAAUCUGUAAACAUACUAAAGCGAAAAAGCCGGAGCUUCUACUUGGCCAGUUCAGUCUUUCCCGGAUCUCUUCGUAUUGAUCUAGUACUCUUAUAUUCUUUUUGCAGAGUCGCAGAUGAUCUAAUAGACAAUUCGCACACGGAAAGCGAGGCAUUGGCAUGGAUUAAGAAGUUAGCCAGUUACCUCGACCUCGUCUACAGCCCAGAUAGCCAAUACCCACCGUCUACGUCUACCAUCCGCGACUUUGUAAGAGAAAACUUUCCAGAUACGGCGAGAUCAGCGUUACAACUAUUACCAGCUAAACUUCUCCCAAGCGGUCCGCUCUACGAAUUACUAGAGGGGUUCAAAAUGGACCUUUCAUACAUUGACCCCAAGGCACGAGAUAAUCGAUUUCCAAUUAAGGAUGAGGCGGCCCUUAAGCUAUAUGCCCACCGCGUAGCGGCGACCGUGGGGGAACUAUGCUUGAGGCUUGUUUUUUGCCAUAGCGCAACUAAACUCUCAAGCGAUACAGAAUCCGUUCUUGUGGUCGCUGCCCACACAAUGGGACAUGCGCUUCAGUACGUCAACAUUGCCCGUGACAUUCAAGUAGACGCGGAAAUGGGCCGUGUUUAUCUACCAACUAAUUGGCUCAAGAAAGAGGGGCUCAUGCCUCAAGACGUUAUCAAUAAUCCAAAUCAGCCCAAAGUGGAAGGACUGAGGCAAAGACUACUCGAUCGGGCAUUCGGGGAAUACGAGCUGUCACGAAGCGCUAUGUCCACACUUCCUAAGGAAGUUCGUGGCCCGCUAAUUGUAGCUAUUGAGAGUUACAUGGAAAUAGGAAGAGUGCUGAGAGAGAGGGUCGGUAACACCCGGCGUAUGCGUAAGGGACGAGCAACAGUUCCUCGAUUGAGGCGGAUUUGGGUUGCAUGGAAAUAUCUCUUGGCUGAAUGAAAACGUCUCUUCUCCAUCAUCGUUGGUUCAAGGCCCUUGGUGGGUUCGAUAAGCGGUGCUCUCUUAGUGUAGUUAUUCUUGGUGGUAAAGAGCAUGGCGAUGUUGUAUCAGGUAGCUGGUUUCUGCAUAGACGUGUCUUAAGACUCCAUGAUCAUAUUAAUUUAUUGUACGCCAAUGAAGAAUUACACAAUUCAUAAAUAUUAAUGAAUCACAGUGUAUAAUUCUAA